AUGACUGAAGAACGACUUACUACUCUACCUCCACAUGCUCCACCGACUGAGAGUGCAAGAAUCGGUGCAUAUUAUCCGACAUUUCAAGAUAUGAAAGCUGAUUCAAUAUCUAUUUUGGUAGAGACUUAUUGGAACAAUAAAGAUCCUAAUAAGAUAGUAUGGGAUUCGUCUAUUGUUGAAAAAAUCUAUAAUGAGGAAUUGGAAUCGAAAGGUUUUGAACCGAAAAAGCUAAUGUUACUAGAACUUAGCCAGUAUCUAGAAAAGUAUCUAUGGCCACAUUAUGAUUCACAAGCUUCACUUGCCCAUGUAUUAUCAAUUGUAUUGAUGGUCAAUGAAAAAUUUCGUGAACGAGUAGCUGUUUGGGAUUGCUUUAUGAAAAGUCCCAAACAAUUUUCGGGUUUUUUCAACCGUGUUCUCGAACUUGAUAUUCCUCCACUAGCAAACACACUUUCUCUUAAAGUGAGAAAAUAUAUAGUAUUAUUCUUAGUUCAUGUUUUUCAGAGUAUAGAGAAUCAAUUAAUCAGAGGAGAAUGUAUGAUAUUGGUCUCACUUGUAACAUGGCAUUGUUUUGGUACAUCGUCAUUGAGAGAGCAAGAAUUCGCAAAUAACAAAGAUUUGAAAAAGAUUUGGAAUGUAUUUGUGAAAAGAUUCAAAAAAGCAGAUGAUUCACAAAAGAAAAAAAUGAUUUUUGAGAGAACGUGGCUAAGCAACUUCAUGAAAGCAUUUGUGGAAAUUUUAUAUACAAUACCCGAAACUGGAGAAUUAAAUUUGGAAGUCUUAGCUUAUCUUGAACGUUGUCUGGAAUUUUUCAUCGACCUUGAAGCUCAACUUCCAACAAGGCGUUAUUUUAAUAAAUUAUUAGAAGACCAUCAGAUAUUGACACUUUGUAAAUUUGCACCGAUUAUGAAACGUGAUAUGUCAAACGAACUUCUUUUCAAGCAACUUUUAGAUAUAUUAAAAUUCUACGCUGGAUUUGAAAUUGAUGAUCAUACUGGUUUAGCGUUGACAGAUAACCGAAUGACAGAGCUACAUUGUAAAAGGUUAUCCGUUCUUCAGCGAAUCUCUUUUGAACAUUUUAAUAAUACAUUGAAAUCAUUGGCAUUAUCAAACUUUGCUUCUAUUGAACGAAGGCUCGACUUACAAAGACAUUUUGAAGCAUUAACUCAUGAAGAAAUAAUGAGAUUAUGUGAAUUUUUAAAUAUUAGAACAGAUAAAUUGGUUGGUGAAGGACAAUACGAUAAAGAAUUUUUGGUGGAGGUGUUAGUUAGUAAAUUUGAAAAGAGAACGAGUCAAAUUGACUUGAUUAAUUCAAAACCACUUUAUCCAGAUGAGAAUGCUUUAUUUGAUGAUGCCGUUGUACAAACUCAAUUCUGGAAUAAUGAAGUGCCACUUGCACUACCAAAACUCAACUUACAAUUUCUUACCAUUCAUGAUUAUUUGUUGAGGAACUUUAACUUGUUUCGAUUGGAAACAACUUAUGAAAUUCGUCAAGAUAUCGAGGAUGUGGUUAAACGGCUGGCACCGAGAAUUUCUUAUCUUUCGGGUAAAACUGAUUUCACUGGCUGGGCUCGUAUGGCAGUAGAAAUAGAGUCAUUUAAUAUUGUAGAGGUUGGUAAACCGAAUAUUGGUGAAAGUAAACCAUCAAUAGUCAAGGCCGAUGUUACAUUUAAUAUUGGUCGUUAUACAGAAUCUAUUCGUAACGAAUGGGAUUCUUUGAAACAACAUGACGUUUUGUUUUUAUUAGCAAUACAGGCUCAUGAUGAUACUGCUGAAAAAUAUAAAGAUGUUAUGCCAUUCAGACAACAUUUUGGUCUAAAGUAUGUUCGAGGUUGUGAAGUUAGCGACAUUAUUGGUGAUGAUGGGAAGCCAAUUGAUGAAGUUGGAAAACCACGUAUUGACGAUAAAAAACCUAAAAUUUCCGGAAAUAUGAGGACAAUUGAUAUGAAUAGAUUUUCAAGUGCCAAGGAUGAAGAUGUAUAUGAAACUUUUAAUGUUUUAAUGAGAAGGAAGCCAAAGGAAAACAAUUUCAAAGCUGUUCUUGAAACGAUUCGUGAUUUAAUGCAAAGCGAAUUGGUAGUUCCAGAUUGGUUACAUAACAUAUUUUUGGGUUAUGGUCACCCCGGUAAUGCUCAUUAUUCCAUGAUGCCAAAUCGGCCAAAAGAAAUCGAUUUUCGAGAUACUUUUUUAGAUUACGAUCAUUUAAUUGAGAGUUUUCCUGAAAAAAACGUUCUACCAGCAGAAGGUUUUAAAGCUCCCAUUCCACCACCUUAUAUCCUACAAUUUUCCGAGAAUAUUCAAAUCUCAAAAAAGAGGAAAAUUGAUGAUUCUGAAAACAUAAACCCUUCUCAAUCUGAUGUAAGUCCAGAUCAGAUACUGGUCAAAACAUAUAGUUUACCAAAUAUGGGACCUUAUCCAUUUAAUCAGCCUAAAAAAAAUGUCAUUAAAUUUACUCCAGUACAAGUGGAAGCCAUUAAAGCAGGAACAAACCCCGGUCUUACUAUGGUUGUCGGUCCACCAGGUACCGGUAAAACAGACGUAGCUGUACAGAUUAUUGCCAAUCUAUAUCAUAACUUUACUGAUCAGCACACAUUAUUGGUUACACAUAGUAACCAAGCUCUGAAUCAGUUAUUUGAGAAGAUUAUGGCUCUUGAUGUUGAUGAGAGGCAUUUACUUAGAUUGGGUCAUGGUGAAGAAGAACUCAAUACAGAAUUGAGUUUUAGCAAAUAUGGCAGAGUCAAUUCAUUUUUGGAAAAACGUCUAUCGUUGCUUUCAGAAGUAGAUCGUCUUGCCAAAUCAUUACAGAUUGGUGGUGAAUAUGGAUAUACAUGUGAAACUGCUGGAUAUUUUUAUUUAUAUCAUGUAUUGUCGAAAUGGGAGCCUUACAUUGAUAAAUGUAGGCAAGGAUUAUUAAAUAAGAAUUUUGAUGUAGAAAAAAUAAGGAAUGAGUUCCCUUUCACCGCAUAUUUUUAUGAUGCCCCUCAACCGCUAUUUCCUGAAGAUGCAAGUUAUGAAGAUACCUUGGAAAUUGCCGAGGGGUGUUUUCGUCAUAUAGAAAAGGUUUUCACAGAACUUGAGGAGAUUCGUGGAUUCGAAUUGCUUAGAACUAGUUAUGAUAGAGCUAAUUAUUUAUUAACGAAGGAAGCUAAAAUUAUUGCCAUGACUUGUACUCAUGCCGCGUUAAAACGGCGAGAAUUGGUUUCUUUAGGAUUUAAAUAUGAUAACGUAGUAAUGGAAGAAGCAGCACAAAUUUUGGAAGUUGAAACAUUCAUUCCUUUGUUGUUACAAGAAACUGAAGAUGGUCGAAGUAGAUUAAAAAGAGUGAUUAUGAUUGGUGAUCAUAAUCAAUUACCACCUGUAGUGAAAAACAUGGCUUUUCAAAAGUUUGGAAACAUGGAACAAAGUUUAUUCACUAGAUUCGUUAGACUUGGUGUUCCAACUAUUGAUCUAGACGCUCAGGGACGUGCUAGGCCUUCUAUAGCGAAAUUAUAUAAUUGGCGUUACAAAAAUUUGGGUGAUUUGCCAUCAGUAAUUGAAAAGGAUGAAUAUAAAAAUGCUAACGCUGGUUUUAUAUACGAUUACCAAUUAAUAAAUGUCGGAGAAUUUAUGGGUAAAGGUGAAACCGAGCCUGUUCCAUAUUUCUACCAGAAUCUUGGAGAAGCAGAAUAUGUUGUUGCAGUAUAUCAAUAUAUGCGAUUGUUGGGUUAUCCGGCAGAAAAGAUUACAAUUCUGACAACUUAUAACGGGCAAAAAGCCUUAAUAAGGGACGUUUUAAGCCAACGAUGUUCAUGGAAUCCUUUAUUUGGUCGCCCGGCUAAAGUUACAACAGUUGAUAAGUUUCAAGGACAACAAAAUGAUUAUAUUCUUUUAUCUCUGGUUCGUACGAAAACUGUCGGGCAUAUACGAGACGUUAGACGUCUUAUAGUAGCUAUGUCUCGUGCUAGAUUGGGUCUUUACAUAUUUUGUCGCAGGUCUAUAUUCGAAAAUUGUUAUGAAUUAGCACCUACAUUUAAUAAACUUUUAGAACGUCCUGAUAAAUUACAAUUAAAAAUUAAUGAAAUGUGGCCCUCAAUUAGAAAGUUCGAUGAUUAUAAUGAUGUAUAUGCAAUUGCCGAUGUUACACAUAUUGGAAAAUACGUAUAUCAAAUGAUGCAAGAACAAUUAGCUUUUGCAAAAGAGCAAAAG